CAAACGCGGCUGAUAAUGACAACACCACACACCAGCAAAAUUUCGCGGUUGCAAUGGUUGACCAUCUACGAAACAGGUGAUUAUGAUCAGAUAGGACAGAAAAGCUUUGGAAUAAGAAUCAAAAUGUCUUCUGCACAUAAUUUUGAAUACAUACCAGUUAUCAGAAAAAAUAAUAUUUACAUCAUUGUCGGACUGUUACUGGCUAGCAUUUCAACAACAGGGGCUACUCUAGCGCCAAGUUCUCAAGCAGGGUCCGUGACUGAUAUAAAGAAAUCUGCAGCAUCGUCAGAAGAAUCAGCUUUGAAUAAUGGUGGGCAUAGAGGACACAGUCACUAUAUUUAUCAACGCCAGUUUAAUGGUGAUGAUUGGCUGAAUAGCCUUAUUUGGAACCUCAUUGGCUACUCGACGAUUUUAGUGCCUGGUAUCUUCAUAAUUCGGAUGGCAAAAUACUCAAAUUUCAAUGAACGCAAUGGAAGGGGAUGUAUGUUCAAAGCAGUUCAAUUCUGUGUCUUUGGCUCUAGGGAAGAUGAAAAAACAAUAGAUGCUGGGGAUGUUGAAGCUGGCCAUGUACAAGACAGCAAAAAGCAGCCAGAAACAUUUGUCAGUGUUGGCAUGAAGCUACUAUUUUGUGCUAUUGGUCUUCAGGCUAUGUACCUAACAUGGGGUGUCCUACAGGAGAGAGUUAUGACAAAGAAAUAUGGCAAAGACAAAAAUGCGGAGCGAUUCAAACAGUCUGAGUUUCUUGUUUUUAUGAAUCGUGUCUCCGCUAUGGUGCUGUCUGGCUUUUGUUUAGCAAUGAAAAGACAAGGCAAGCAUGGAAUACCUUUCUAUUUGUACUCAUACUCAUCAUUAUCAAAUAUUUUGAGUAGCUGGUGCCAGUAUGAAGCACUGAAGUAUGUUAGCUUUCCUACACAAGUACUUGGAAAAGCAUCAAAGAUGAUCCCUGUGAUGUUAAUGGGAAAGCUUGUUUCACGGAAAUCAUACCAGUACUAUGAAUAUUUCAUUGCUGGGAUGAUAUCUGUUGGUGUUUCACUGUUCCUUUUGUCAGUAGCAUCUAGUAAACAAAACUCAGCUGAAACAAGUCUCUCAGGCCUUUGCUUGAUGCUUGGGUACAUGGUGUUUGACAGUUUCACAUCCAACUGGCAGUCAAAAAUUAUCACUACAUACAGUCUUACAUCCCUCCAAGUGAUGUUUGGAACCAAUUUAUUUUCAAGCCUGUUCACUGGUGUUUCACUGAUCCAAAAUGGUGGUAUGAUUACAUCAAUCUCGUUUAUCUACCAGCAUCCAGAUUUUGGUUAUCAUGCAAUGGUGAUAUCCCUUGCAUCAGCAGUCGGCCAACUCUUUAUUUUCUAUACAAUAGCCAGUUUUGGACCCUUGGCCUUUACUUGUAUAAUGGUCACAAGGCAAAUGUUUAGCAUGCUGCUAUCCUGUAUUAUUUACCACCACUACCUGGCACCACAGGCAGUUAUUGGUGUCCUUGUUGUAUUUCUAGCGCUGGUUUUGCAGAUUUAUGCAAAAUGGAGGGUAAAGAAAAUCAAACAGAGGAAUAACCCUACUAUUUCAUAACUAAAAUAUAUAUCAAACUUCUUAACAAAUAGUUUAUAUUUCUAGCAUUUAGUAGAAAUCAUAGAAGGGAAUAUUUUAUCUUUAAGAGACACGCAAAAGAAUUGAUAAUACAUCUCUAAAAAUUUGUAAUUGUGUUAAAAAUGUUUUAUUAUUUGUUAUUUUUAUACCUUUGAUAUAGAAAUGGUUUACUUCAAAUGUGUCUUUUUUAAUUGUGGUCCCUUAACAUUCAAGUGGCUUCAAGAUUUAGAAUGUGUCAACAGACCUAUAACAUCUGAAUUAUUAUUAUGUAAUGCUAUGAUUCAGCAUCUGCACUUCCACAAGGUAUUUAAAGCUCGAUCCAGAAGUUUAGGAGGAACAGUGCUCUCUCUUUGUGUUGUUAGAGUUAUUACACUAAAUUCUUUACAGAAUCUAAAAACUGUGCAAACAUUAAAUUUUAAAAUGAAAACAAGUUGUUCGCAGUUGUUUGUGCAUUUGAAAGGGAUCAUAAAUAAAAGAGGAAAAAAUGUCAGCAACAGAGCAGUUGAAGAAUAGAAGAUGGUUGUUUAAAGGGUUUCCCACACUCAUGGAUAGUAGAUGAUAUAAUCAAGGAGAUACUCCUGUGCCUUUCUUUGUCAAUGCUUAUUUUUGUCCAUGUUAAGAGUGGACCCUUAUUAUAAAACUUCAAUCUUUUCAAACUUCAAUCUGCUAGUUGCUAAUGCUUUCUUAGAGUAAGAAAUUUUGGGUGUAAUCUCAGACUUUUCGAAAUUGUUGCACCAUCUAAUGUUAACAUUUUGAUAAGUGUUUGAAAAGCAAGUAAAAAUAUUUCUCCUUCACCCUGAAGUUGACCUGUGCCUUAUUGAGAACUUGGUAAAAGUGGAAUCAUUUAUCUUUCAUUUAUCAUAUUGAUCAUUUAAUAAACUUUUGCAAAUGCAGCAAAUAAACAAAAUAAUUGAUUUUAAAUCACUUAUUUCAAUGACUACCCACCUUUAAAGGGAAUAUUUGGACAUUAAAUUAGGGAAUAUUUGGACAAUAGAACCUCAAAAUCAAUAUGUUUACCAUAUGUGCAGGGUUUGUUGUAAACAAGAGUUUUGCACAUGUCUAUUUUCAAAAUUGACAUCAUUUCCACUUCA